AUGCCGAUGACCGACCGUGACGACGAGAUACGCGAGCUCCAGCGCCUGCUAGAAGCGGCUCAUGAGCGAGAAAAAGCAGCGCAAGAGCGCGAAAAGGAAGCACGAGAGCGAGAAGAGAGCCUCAGGCUUGAACAACGCAGUACAUCGUACCAUGAGUAUCUACGACUCUGCCACGAGGAACUUUUUAUGACUCUUACUAUACAAGACAAAGCGAGAUCAUCGAGUGGUGGGACAACUAACGUGACGGGUAAAUACUACCCCCUAACGUUGCGUCCUUGGGACGGGUUUCUUAACGGACAACGACGAUGUCACUCCAUAAUUGAGGAAACAGUACCAGAACUCCUUUUGCCUUCACGGAACGAUGUCCGUGCAGUAGCGCGAGCUUCAAACAAAAGACCUGUCGCCAGUGAGGAGGAUCUCAGGACAUUCGAGCAUCUGGCUAUCGAAGAUCCUGUGGAAAAUGUAUUCACCGUGUUUGGACCACGAUCUCAAACUCGUCCGGGCGGACAGGAGCUCGAUUGCAAAGCGAUUACAUUCGAGAAUCACUCUCUCAGUCUCACGGAGCCCGACGAUACCGAUAGCAAUGACGGAGACCUCGAUGAAAUCUUUGUCAAACCUAUGCAUGGGCAGCCCGGGUCAAAGAAAAGAAUGGCACUGCAUCGGAGAGUACCAAGAAAGCGAGGACCAGAUAGAUGGGCUAUCCGUACAACGUUGGCAGGAGAAAAAUAUGCCGCAUUCCCUGGCGAAUACAAGGCAGCACACAAAAUACCUGCCGAGAGUUUUCAGAAGGCUAUGUGCAAAGAGGACCUAUUUACUCGCGUCAUUCUGAAAAUCUCCAGUGGAAGAGUCAGCACCGACGGCGAGACGCGCUUACAAGAACAGAUGGAAGAGACAGUCGCCAAAGCACUCGCCCAAACAUUCCACUACAUGAUCCACCUCGGCAGUAGCUGUGGCUACCUCACGGCUGGAAAAGCACUGAUCUUUCUUCAUAUCAAAGACGAUCCAACAGUGCUAUAUCAUCAUAUAUCUCAGCCAGAUGUGGAUGCCAGAGGCUUAGACGGGACGGUAGAUCCAUUCUAUACCGCCGUCGCACAACUGGCUGCAUUUUGCCUACAAACCUGCCAAGAACCUGGCAAGUCUAACUUGUGGAAGGAGAAAGCGAUCCUCCGACUGAGUAAGUGGCCGCAGCCGUACACCGAGAUGCGUGGUGGGACAACAGAGGAUGAAUCGCCCCAGUCUACACGCUCUGCCUCAUCUUAUGCUGGAUCAGUUACUGCUGCGCAGAAACUUACAGUACAACUGCGACAAGGGACGAGGGCAUCAUGCAACCCACAGCAGCAGCCAGACGCCGAUAACGACACUAGUGAUGAGGAAUCGGCCGGCGGUGCCAACCGACGGGGUUACGGUCUACAAACGUCGCUUGAAGCGAAAACCCCGGGUUCUAACAAACGUAAGGAUAUCACGUCUGGGAGCGAGGAGGGUCAAAGUAAUGAGGAGUGGGAACUUGAAGCCCGCCCCUACUGCACUCAGGACUGCUUGUUGGGCCUCAAGAGAAACCAGUAUCUUGAUGAGAAAUGUCCGAACGUCGCGUUACAUCGCAUUGUCACUGGAAGUAUGGCACAUCCCAUUGAUGCAGCUCGUCUCCUGGACCUCUUACGUGAGGACCUGGCUCCAAUUGUCCGCCGCUUGCGUUCCAUCAAACCUCUGGAUGGCUAUGGUAAAUACGGACGUACAGGGGCUCUCUUCAAGAUAUCGUUGAGACGCUAUGGCUAUACUUUUGUCGGAAAAGGGACGUUCGCCGCAGCCGUGGGCAGUCUCGAACAUGAAGAGAAGGUUUACGGGCGAAUGGAACCGCUACAAGGCCAUCAUGUUCCUGUCUGCUUAGGAAGUAUUGCUUUGGAUACGUCAUUUCCACUACCAGCAGCUAAUAUAGUUCAUAUGUUGCUCAUGGCAUGGGCAGGAGAUGCGGUCACAGUCAAAGAUAAUGGGUUAUCAGAGGGGUUGCGAUUUCGACAGCUACUUUUAACCUAUGGCGUCAUUCAUAACGACAUACGGCAAGAAAACCUCCUCUGGAAUUCUGAACGUGGACAUGUUAUACUCAUCGACUUCGAUCUAGCAACUAUCUUACCAGAUAUACAUCAAACGCAGUUGAAGCGGCGAUCCAAGAGAAGAAGGCACUUACGUGAUCCUGUGGCUAUAGAAUAUUCAGCAGGCAGCAACUGGUAUAAAUGGCUGAUCACAUAA